AUGCCGCCCAAGCGUCCUCCUCCUCUCCCAAGGUCCCUCUUCGUCGACAACGGACCCCUCUCACCAGGCUUCGCACCCGCCCCGUCGCCGUCGACCAUCCACCCAGACUUCAUCACCGACGCGCACACCCGCGGCGCCGUCCUCGCCGUUCCACCUACCGGCCCGCAGCUCACUGGCAGCGUCACCGUCACGACUGAUGGCGAGGCCGCCGCUGAACCCGAUACCACCCCAGUGCAGGGCAAGCACAAGGCGUCGCUUGCGACCGUCAUCGCGCAGGACCAGGCGGCGCCCCUCAACCUCGCGCCUGCCGACGCUGCGGCCGCGCUUGACCUCGUCGUCCCCGCCACGACGCCGCUCACGGGCGAGCAGUGGGACCGCCUCGACGAGGCCGUCGACGAGAUUGACGGCGGGAGGGAAAAGGUCGAGAGCGAGGUGGCGGCGCUGGGCGAUGCGCCGCGCAAGAUCAUGGUCGCUGGUAUCCUGCCGCCUCCCCUGAGCAAGCCGUCGUCGGCGCUGCUCAACGCGGACGAAUACGUCUUGUUCCAGGCGCGCUCGUCGCAGCUGUCGCUGCAUGCCGAUGUGGUCCUCAAGGCCCUCCCGCCCGUGGUGGACACGCGGUCCGCGGGCGACAACAGGUGGUGGGAGGACGCCAAGAGCGUCGAGCGCGCAGUCAAGCUGUACAUCGCACCUGCUAUCGAGUCGUUUGGCACGUCGCGCAUCGUGUUUGGAUCCACCCCGGCGGUGACGGUCACCAAGGACACCGAGUCGCACCUCGUCGUGCCCGUGCAAGGUGCCGAGUGGUAUGCGCUCCUGCGCAAGUGUAUUGCCGAGAUGGGCCAGGACGCGGCGGCCAUGACUGACAUUAUGGGCCGCAACGCCACCGAGUACUACAAGCUGGAGUAA